CUGCACUUCGAGCCUCUGGCCACCUCUAGGCAACUUCACAUGUCGUCCGGCGACACCCUAUCAACGCUCGUGCUAUCGUAGCCGCGUAUAUAUAAGAGAUUGGACGUACCACCAUCAGCCUUAAGUUGCAUCUUAUCUGAUACAGAUAGCUACUACCCAUGGCCUUCGCACUGCUGCCAGUGCCCACCUCGACCGCGGCGAGCGUCGACAAGCAUCAGGAUGUCGAAUACCAACCUUUGAUUUCAAAUGGAGAUGAGGCUGACGUCGAAGAGGGCGUGACAAAGCAGGAGCUGGUGGGUCACGACACGGCUCCAGAGUGUCGAAAGGGGGACGAUAUUGCGCUCUGGAUGGCGAUCGUCAGCGUAGGUGCGAUCGCAGUGGCAACAUGGAUAGUCAUGUUCAGCAAUGAGCCCCUCACUCGGGGGUGGUUCUUCUUCCACCCAACCUUAGAGACCCUGUCUAUACUUGCAUUAUCUUAUGGCGUACUCACAUUGCAGCCUACAAGAAAUCCAGAAACGAAGGCGGCAGGCUUGACUCGACAUCAAGUAGCCAUCCUCUUCGUAGCCUUUCCCCUGAUCUUCCUCGGCACCUUCACUAUAUGGCUGAACAAAACGGUCCACCACUCGCACCAUGCGAGGAGUUGGCAUGGUUUGUUCGGAUACAUCACCACCGGGUGGAUGGUUGUCCAGAUCUUGCUUGGCGGUGGGAGCGUAUGGUUCAAUGGUCGGAUAUUCGGCGGUAAUCCACGAGCAAAGCUCGUGUGGAAAUAUCAUCGGUUGUCUGGAUAUCUGCUCCUUCCACUUCUACUCUUGACCACUCACCUUGGAGGCGCGUGGUCACAUUGGGGAACGCAGAACAGUCCACUCUGGAUACGUAUCUUGGCGUACUACGUGGCACCUGCGUUGCUACUAGUCGCUGUGUUCGUCCGCGUAAGACCUUCGAAGAUGAAGUUUUUUUAGCUUGGAGCGUUUCUGCAAGGGCUUGGGCAGAGUUUGUGAAUCAUUGCUAGUAGUAUACCGGACGCCAGGGAUCAAUACUCACUAGUAGUGAACAGUACACGUGUAAGUUGAGGAUGUAUAGACUCCAUAUCUCUGCG